UUGACUAUAACAGCCUUGGGUUUUCCUUGGGUUUAGACAGAGUACACCAUUUGAAGACAAGUUCUAUUCAAUGUGAGCCAUUCGAAAGMACCUUCUUAACGCGCUCGGUGAGGGGCGUAUUUUGAGACGAAGUGAGGUUGCGCRUUGAACGCAGCGUUGUAAACUAUUUUGCUAUCCAGCCCCAGCCAAAGGUUUGUGGAUUUUAUUUUUUCGUUUGCACACCUGCUCAAAUCCACUUUUCAACUGUGCGCCUUUUUGGUUAACACCAUUUGAACUCUAUUAACAGAGAGGUGAAAAUGGGAUUAUUUAUUUUGGACAAGCGYGGAAAGGUAAAGGAUAACGCCAUAUGUUUAUUGUAACGGAUAAUAAUAACGGACAUUUGGACUUGAUGGCCAAAGAGCCUUGACAACUGUUGAUGGUUACUGUUGUGUUUGUUCUUCGAUGCAUUUUCACAAUGACAGGUGACCAGCUGUUGAAUCUCCGAGGAAAACUCUCCUCAUUUUCUCUCUGGCUAUCUCUGCUCUCUAUCCCCGCAGCCUUCGACUCUAUUUCACCAGAGUUUCUAUCCUGAACCUGUUUGUGAUUUUUUCAAACAUUACGAUGGAUAAUGAGGAGUGUGUGAUUUGUUACAUAAUAAAACGAUGCGGCGCGUUCCCAGCACCUGUUGAACAGUGACAAGCCUACAUUAUGGCCUGCCGGAGCGGCUGCUGUUGUGGCUUCGGUCCCUUCAAYGAGGAUAAYGCCAGGUUCCUAAUGUUAGCGGUGUUUAUAAUCCUAUACCUCCUCUGCGGUGCCGCUGUCUUUUCAGCACUGGAACAGCCGAUGGAAGCAGAGGCGAAGGACCGCUGGGCGCAGCGUUUUGAACAGUUUAGCCAAAAGAAUAACCUGAGCAAAAAAGAGCUGGACAACUUCUUGAGGAACUACGAGGAGGCGAACUUGGCCGGGAUUCGCGUGGACACUAUCAGACCUCGGUGGGACUUUACCGGCGCGUUCUACUUCGUGGGGACUGUGGUCUCGACCAUAGGGUUUGGAAUGACCACGCCAGCGACCAUCAGCGGUAAGAUCUUCCUCAUCUUCUACGGCCUGAUCGGCUGUGCCUCCACCAUCUUGUUCUUCAACCUCUUCCUAGAGCGCGUCAUCACCGUCAUCGCCUUCGUCCUCAAGUCCUGCCACGAGCGUCGCCACCUUCGCAAGGCCGUGCUUCCUCAAAAUGGCCGCCGACGCCUCUCUGAGGGCAGCGGUGGAGGCGGCAGGGGCGGAAGAGGCGGSAGGGGAGAGGGGCUGGCUGGGUGGAAGCCCUCGGUGUACUGUGUGAUGUUGAUCCUGGGCGCCGCCGCCAUCUUGGUAUCCUGCUGUGCCUCGGCCAUGUACUCUGCUGUAGAAGGCUGGGGCUACCUGGAUUCUCUGUACUACUGCUUCGUAGCGUUCAGCACCAUUGGGUUUGGGGACAUGGUGAGCAGCCAGAUGUUUGCAUACGACGAGGGGAAUGAGAACCAGACGGCGUACCGGGUGGGUAACUUCCUGUUUAUUCUGACAGGAGUUUGCUGUAUCUACUCCCUGUUCAACGUCAUCUCCAUCGUCAUCAAACAGGUGCUGAACUGGCUGCUGAGGAGGCUGGAGGUGCCAUGUCGCUGCCCAGGGAGGGGGGGCCAYCAACCGCACACCAGACACCCCCGCAGGAACGUGGUAGUGCCCGGACACCUGAGGGCCAGGCGGGACCUGUCCAUCGAGACGGACGCGGUGAACGACAGCGAGGCGGACGGACGGAGGAUGUCUGGAGAGAUGAUCUCCAUGAAAGACUUCCUGGCUGCCAAUAAGGUGAACCUGGCCAUCAUGCAGAAGCAGCUGUCAGAGAUGGCUAACGGUCACCCUCGCCAGUCAGGCUCCAGCUCCCGCCACAAUGGCUUCUCCGGAGGGGUGGGCGCCCUGGGCAUCAUGAACAACCGCCUGGCGGAGACCAGCGUGGACAGAUAGGCCUACACCUAUGUAUACAUAUAAGUCAGACUGAUUGACUGGCCAGAGAGACAGUCACAAGAAAUCAGGACUUCCUCUAAAAAUACAUUGGUUUUAAUUGAACAAAUAGAGAAAUGUACAAUACCCCAGCCCAACUCAAWUCCAGGAGAAUAAUUGACCCCAUGGACUAAAGCCUGGCCAGACCACAUCAGUUCAGAAUAUGUCACGUACACCCCGCACAUCCAAUCAAGCUGCGAAGGGGAAGGAAGUGCAGUGGCAUUCAGUGUGCAGAAAGUUAGCUGUUUCAUAACUGUAGAGACAAUGAAAUACAGUACGUCUGCCCUACUUAAUCAAGCUGUCCGUCGCAGGAGAAUAAUUGACCUGAAGUACCAACCUAUACCGCGACGAGGUUCCAUUGUAAGAGAACUCUGCCUGCCGCCACCCAUUCUUCUCUGAUGCAUGCUGGUUCAUCAGGCAGUGUCUGUGUGCCUGUGUGCAUGAGUGUGUUUGUGUGYGCGUCUCCUUCACCCACAUCUGGAUCAUGACCAACUGUAGCUACUGCUGGAAUCUGGUGGUUACGGUUACCGAGGCAGUUUCCAUGGUGACACUACAGAAUACAGAAAGCUACCCAGAGACAUUGUAGCUGAGUGGUUUCAAACUACCCUAUGGUAUUCUUCAUAUCACYAGCGAAUAACAGCUAGCCAACAAACUGCUCAUCACCACGACUACAAACAGCCUACACUGUCAUCUUGAUCAAGAAGACCCACCGCUCGCCUGCUUUUCAGAGAAAACACCUAAAGGGGAAAUGGCCUUCUAAGAAAAAUACUGAAUUUCCACUGUGUGUAAGAAACCGCAACCGAUCUAUAAGGGGAGACAGCCUUAUGAAAGGCAGGCAAGACUUUUAGAGACAGCUGAAUGUGGCAAACAGAAACACUGUCUAAAUAUCAUGCUUCUGUCUGAGUGGUUAUGGCUACAGACUUGUUAUGUUCAUCAGCUGUGAUGGGUUUUCUAUUGCACUGCUUCCUCUAUCUUGUUAUCUGUUAUGUUUGAGACAUAGUGCAAUGGACAAUAACACCCAGCACAGCAGCACCAUUACAAACUAAUGGAUAUCUAUUUAUUCUAACCAAAAUGAAAAACAGAAUUCUAUUCUUUAGAGAUUCCAAUUUAGAGCGUAUUAUCCGAGGGCUGUUAUCUUGCUGUUUCACCACACUAUGUUGAAGCACCAUGAGGCAGCAGCAUACGGACUCGAACAAUGAAGUAUCACUCUCUUGUUCAUAUCUAUCUGGACCUGGCUAGCAUGCUCAUAUUAAUGCUAUGGAAAAAACAAGCCUCUCUCUAGGUUAUUUCAGGGCCCUUUUUCUCAUUCUUUCCAUGACAGAGGUGUUAUGUUCUCGUUCUAUUCUGAAACUGGAACGAGAGAAAGAGAGAGACAAGUGAGAAAGGGAUUUGUGGGAGAAAAAAAAAAUGGCCGGUUGGGUGAAAGAAAAAACGGAGAAGUAGAAACAGACAGAUCUGUGAAAAGGAGAGCCAGUUUGGGUGAGAGAAAGCAGUAAUGAGCAGAGAGAGAGAGAGAGAGAGAGAGAAGAGAGAGGAGCAGAACUGUUCAGAUCAGAGUCUACAUUAUGCAUUGGGUUGGAGCAGGGGCGACAUACGCCUCUUCACACGCCUUGUUGAACGCACCGAAGAAGAUGCUCAAAUUAUAUAUGGUGCUAGUGAGACAGACUCCUACAGAUUUACGUCACAGCGAGCUUUAGUGCUGAAUGUCUCAAUACCUAGCUAGUUAUUCCAAAAAAGCUGUAGAGAAAAGAAAAAGCCAAUUUAUCAUGUCUUCCCUGUUACCUCUAAUAACACACUACAGUGGAGAAGCAGUAUAACGAGUGUGGCGGUCUGAAUACAGCAUAGCCCACAGUAUGAGUCAGCAAAUUAAUGUGACUUGAUAUUUUUCUACCAAGUGGUGAUCUAAUUUCAUGUCACGAUUUGAAACGGUGGUACAGUAUAUUAUUGAGAAAAUGAUACAACUCUGCUACUUAUUGUCACUAGAAGAUUGUUUUUGCUACUUUGUAAUUUCAUCCAUUUUGAAACAACCAAUGUAUCAUUGGGUGACUAUACUGUUGACAAAGAAAUUACAACUAACUGUAGAGUAAUGACAAGAAUGUGACAAAAAAAUAUGGAUACGCCUGAAAUUAUCUUGUCUGGUGGUCUUGUUUGUAUGUCGUUCUGUUGGGACUAACUUUAUCACAGAGAGAACAGUAGUUGGCUAGCCUCUACCAGGCUUUCACCAACAUGAGCGAGACCUGGGAGCCGAGGCUAGUAGUUGGCUAGCCUCUACCAGGCUUUCACCAACAUGAGCGAGACCUGGGAGCCGAGGCUAGUAGUUGGCUAGCCUCUACCAGGCUUUCACCAACAUGAGCGAGCCCUGGGAGCCGAGGCUAGUAGUUGGCUAGCCUCUACCAGGCUUUCACCAACAUGAGCGAGACCUGGGAACCGAGGCUAGUAGUUGGCUAAUGUCCCUCAGGAGGGAGGCAGAAAGAGGGUGAGGGAGCCUCUUCACCGCUGCCUAUCAAACAGGAGGUGUGAGAAGAGAAAGUGACUCACUGCGUUAUUCAAAGCUCCUGUCAAAUCACAUGUAGUCAUAAUGGCUCUUUGUGGAGUUCCUAGCUGUAGUUGAGUGUUAAUAAGUGGCUGCCCACUCACUAUUCCCUUUAUGCCCAUUCCCAAUAACACUGCCGCCACACUGGAUAAACACAUAUAGCUAACAUAAAUAGAGAUGACUUGAGAUAUGACGAAAWAGAGAUGAGGUGUUGAAAAGCUAGAGUCUGGAGAUGUUCUUCCUAUUAAGGYCAUGGGGUUGUGAAACUAAUGUCCCUGCACGUGUAACAACAAGAAAGUUAAAAGGUGUUGACAUGCUAGAGCUAGAUAGGCUAUUUGGAGUCUGAUGUGGUUUUAAUACUUGUCCGGGGUAGACAAACUCUUACAAAGGCUCUUGAAUUAGACCAGACAGAUGCACAUGAGGUGAUGACUGGCGUACAAAGACUGGCUUAUUUAUUCGAUUAGUAAAACCUCAGUCAUUAUGUGAAUAGGAGUAAAUUGCUGCAACAAUAAGURUAUCAAUCACAAUCCUAUUAUGAAGCGUGUGUGAAUGAGGGUGAGCGCAGAGAGCUGAGAGAAAAGGUGGGAGUUGUGCAUUAUCUCAWUGGCUUAUGAGAGCUCCCAUGCGGCUAUUGGGUAGAAGUGAAUUAGGAUACAGUAUGAUUAACAUACUGUAUCUGUGAGUCAUCAUCUAAAUUCAAUGCAUAGGCCUAGUCGAGUAAAUAAAGUCACAUCCGGCUUUCACUCCAAAUCAAGGCCUGGCAAAGAAACAAAAGAAUAAUCAGAUAUUCAGCUUCUAAACAUUUAAUCCACUUUUUUGUUAUAUUAUGUGCCAAGAUGAAGUCAUAAAUCAGUAUAAUAGAUURGGGGUCAAAGCCAAAAAACAUGAAGUUGAUCAAUCCCUAUCGAGAGAGGAGCUCAUUUUUUGUUUAUGACAGUAAAACAUUCUUAUGGCUAUAACAUUUGUUAGCACCUUCAAUUCUUGCACAUUUUAUCAUAAAAAUGUWUAUUUCAACACCGAACUGCUAAACUUGGAACCAAUCAGAACUCCUGUACAUACCYCUUGUGAUGAAUGCAGCCAAUGGCCUGCUUCUAAGAUGUAAACAGAGCCUGGUGAAAACUCAAGCUGCUGUCUGUCUGUGUGUGAUGAGCUCCCAAAGACUGAAAUAAGAUAAAUAUGUUUUCGAGUGCACUUGAAAUAUGCAGCAUGCAAUAUGAAUUGUCUUGAUCGUACGAAGACGCAACUCCGUUGACCAUUUAGCCAAUUUAUUGAAAGCUAGCCAAUGUUAGUUUGACUAGCCUAGCCAGCUACUGUAAAUGUCAAUUUGCCUGCUCAGGAGGCUAGUGUUUCAUUAGCUAUCUCUGUCAGUGAAUCACAUUUUCGAACCAUGUUUUGGCAUGAUUAUUUGUCUCGUUUCAAGUAACUAGCUGCAGGCUUAAAGAAACAUUAAAUCAUAUACUUUGCAAACCCAAA